AUGGCUGAAUCACUACGUUUUCUGGGCUCCCUGGCCGGCCACAAAGGAUGGGUUACCGCCAUCGCAACCUCUUCGGAAAACCAGGACAUGAUUUUAACUGCUUCUCGCGACAAAACAAUCAUCGUCUGGCAGUUGACCCGUGAUGAAGAUUCCUUCGGAUACCCAAAACGCGUUUUACAUGGCCACAACCACUUCGUCUCCGACAUUGUUAUCUCCUCGGAUGGCCAAUUUGCGCUCUCCUCAUCUUGGGACCACACUCUUCGUCUCUGGGACCUGAACACCGGCCAGACGACUCGCCGAUUCGUCGGCCACACUUCUGAUGUCUUGUCCGUCAGCUUCAGUGCUGAUAACAGGCAGAUUGUCUCAGGCUCAAGGGACAAGACCAUCAAGCUUUGGAAUACCCUUGGAGAGUGCAAGUACGACAUCAAGGACGACGGACACAGCGAGUGGGUUUCGUGUGUGCGAUUCAGUCCUAAUGUCAUGAACCCCGUUAUCGUCUCUUGUGGCUGGGACAAGGUCGUGAAGGUCUGGGAACUGUCGAAGUUCAAGUUGAAGACCAACCACUACGGUCACACAGGCUACAUCAAUACCGUGUCCGUCUCCCCUGACGGCUCCUUGGCAGCGUCAGGUGGCAAGGACGGUAUCACCAUGCUCUGGGAUCUUAACGAGGGCAAGCAUCUCUACUCCCUCGAAGCUGGUAACAUUGUCAAUGCACUUGUCUUCUCGCCGAACCGAUACUGGUUGUGCGCUGCGACUGCAAGCUGCAUCAAAAUUUUCGACCUUGAGAGCAAAUCGAUCGUUGACGAGCUCAAGCCUGAAUUUGUCGACGUUGGACCCAAUUCACGGGAACCCGAAUGUGUGUCGCUUGCAUGGUCGGCAGAUGGCCAAACGUUAUUCGGAGGUUUCACGGACAACCUCAUCCGUGUUUGGGCUGUCACCUCCUAA